UAUAAUUUUAAUUAUAAUCACAUUUAAAGCAAAGUAAAGCUAUGCCUCUCCAGGAACUUUAAUGAGGUCAUAUUUCUCUUAACAUUUCACUUGCCAGCUCCUGGCUGUGUGUUGUAAGCCAUGCUCCAGCCAGGCCUGGGGAGAACAUAGCAAAGCUGGGCUCCCAUCACUGCCUAGUUUUAAGACUGAGGGAGAGUGUGCAAAAGAAAACUGGGUUCUUACGGUGGCUCUCUUGCCUGAAAAAAAUGGUGAAUUUUGAAUGUACGUUUCAGAGCAGAAUCUCCUCUUUACUUCCUGAUAAGUUGUUGGCUACUUCAGAAAUAACUUGAUCAGCAGGUGCUAAUCUCUGCUCUCUGUCACAGGGACAGCACCCAGGGAAUGGCUGGAGCUGUGGCAGGGCAGGUUUAGGUUGGAGAUCAGGAAAGGUUCUUCCCCCAGAGGUGCUGGGCACUGCCCAAGCUCCUCAGGGAAUUGGCACGGCUCUGAGGCUGCCAGAGCUCCAGGAGAAUUUGGACAAUGAUCUCAGGGAUGCCCAGGGUGAGAUUGUUGGAGUGUCUUGUGCAGGGCCAGGAGCUGGACUGGAUGAUCCUGAUGUGUCCCUUCCUGCUCAGGGUAUUCUGUGAUUCUAUGAAACUAUUUGGAUGGGAAAGGGGCUGCCCUGAGUGAAGACAUGCACUGGCCACAUUUGACAUCUGACAUGUGGGAGUCAAGGAACGGUCACCCUGAGUGACUCAAGUGUUAUCAUGGAUUGAGCUUGGUUUGGAGAGAUAAGGCUCACAGAAAAUAGGGGUAACAAGUGUUAAAGACCUGAAAGAAGUCACUAUCUCAGGAACUGGGGAGUCUGAGGUCCCAUUCAAUAAAUUCACACACAGGGCUCACCUUUACACAGGUAAACACAUGUCAGGCCACGUCUGACACCAGUUGAGCUGUUAGAACUGUUGGACUUUUUCGGGUUGUUCCUCCAGCUGCAGGACCGCUUUGCUGACCCUUUAAUUUCUAUGCCAUGGUCCUUGUUUGUCUUUAUCUCAUAAUUAGCUGGCAAUAAAGUGACAUAGUCUCUCUGGCAUGAAGUGAAUCCAGACUAGCACCAACACCUUGACCCUGGGUAGAUAGCAAACACCAUAGCACGGCCUCAGAAAUGGCAGCAGGCAGGGACAGUCAUGGUCCUAACUGCUUCCCCCGAACAGGGACAAGAGAUUUGUCAUGGACUACACGCUGGAGACCAGCCAGCUAAAACAGAAACUUCUGAAAACCAUCUACAGUCUCCAGCUGAAGUCAUUUACCACACUGCAGUCAGCCAGCCCAGUGCUGCACAGCCAGCGUGGCAUGGGCAUGGUGACCCAGCACCAAGUCCACCAGCUGGCAGAUAAGGCCAAAAGCCUGUGUGGAGAUCUGGACAACAUCAAGAACCUCCUCCACUAUUGCCAGGAUGACUUGGUCCAGCAGAUUCCCAAUCCCACUGGCAGCCGCUAUGGGGGUGUCAGUGGAAUCCAUUGCUCCCUGGAUGGCUCCAUCUACGUGACAGCUGAGAGUGCUCCCUGGGUCCACGUGCUCAGCAGCACAGGCCACACACUGCAGUCCUUGCCCUGCCAACAAACGGGCAAGGGAGGCAGCAUUUUCUUGCCGGAAGAUGUGACUGUGACUAGGAUGGGAAUGGUGGCUGUAGCUGACAUGGUGAAUGAAGCCAUCUGGGUCUUCAACCCUUACACCAACCUCUCCAAGGGGGAAUGGAUAAAGAUCAGGAAGGUUGGUUCCCCCAGGGGUAUUGGAAUAGAUUCCAUGGGCAAGAUCCUGGUAGCAGACUAUGCACAAGGCCAAGUGCACAGCUUUGCUCUGGACCAUACCUUCAGGGCACUCAAUGUCCACUCUGUCCUGAAUCUGCAGGGACCUCGCUACGUCAGUCCAGUGCCCAGUGGAGGCUUUGUGGUGAGCGAGGAGUGUGGAGACGUCAAGGUCUUUAUGAGCAGCUGUAAGCUCCUCUGCUCCCUCAGCAGCAAAUAUGGACACCAGUUUGGCAACCCUGCUGGGGUCUGCGUGGACACGGAUGGCAGCAUCCUGGUGGCAGACGAGCAGCGCCGUACAGUCCACUUGUUCCCAGAGCAUGGAGCUCCCAUCUGCCUGGUGUCCACAGGGCUGCGGAGGCCUGCUGGCAUGGCUUGCUCCUCCUCUGGGCACCUCCUUGUGGCAGACACAGAGGAGAACUGUGUCAAAGUCUUUAAGUACUGUGUGAGGCCCCCGUACAGACCCAUCAAUGCUGGGGCAUCAUGUGCUGACCCCAACCAAACACACAGGUGGGGAGGGGGGCUGGUUCCCCUGCAGCCCCACUGAGCUGUGCAUCUGCUGGUGCGCUGAGAGCUCCACUGCUCUCACAGAUUCCUGUAAUGGAAUCAUGGAAUGGUUUGGGUUGGGAGGGACUGUAAAGACCAUUUCAUGGCAGGGACAUCUUCCACUAUCCCAGGUUGUUUCAAACCCUGUCCAACCUGGCCUUGGACAUUUCUAGGGAUGGGACAUUGCCCCAGACCUGACUGCCUGAUGGCCCCCAGCUUCUCGAGGACUAGA